AUGAUCGUAAAGGCUGUGAUCAUGUCCCUGGCCCUAGUGGCUGGCACCAGUGCUAUGCCUGAGAUGAAUAAUGACAAUGUCAACAUUUCGGUUAGUGCUGAUGAAGUUGCCACCGUGGUGUGGGACUAUCUCAGCCAGCUGAAGCAUGAUGCCAAUGGCACUGUGGAACAGAGAGCUGAACUGACCCAGAAGCUCAAAAACCUCUUCCACGAAAAUAUGUUGGAAAGAUCUCAUGACAAAUUGUUUCCUGACGAGAUGGAGAAGGAGCUGGUUCCUUUUGCUAUAGACCUGUACAAGUGCCUCACCAAGGAGUCAGAGAAGAGGAAGGAUGAGAUCCAGAAGGAGCUGGAAGAUUUGCAGGUGGAAAUCGAGCCCCAUUUCCAAGAAGUGAGACAGAAAAUCAGGGACAAUGCAUGCCUGCUGCAGGAGCGCCUGGAACCCUACUUUAAUGUGUUAAAUGGCAGUGUGGAAAGAAUGAAGUUUUUGAAUGCUCAGGUAUUGAAAUGCGUAAACGACUUGGAUAAUGGGCCGAGUGACAAUGCGGAGAGCCUGCAGGACUUGGUGUCUUCCAUGCCCAACAAGAUCAAGAAGAACAUCACCAUGAAUCUAUUGAAAUUCCAGGCAGUCCUGAUGGCACUCAAGCAGGAAGUUAAGAAAACGAUCGGCCAGUCCAUGAAGGAGCUGAGCCACAGCUUGGCCCCUUUCGUGAAGAACAUGGAUAAACUCGACCACCAGCUGGAGGGCCUCUCCUUCCAACUAAAGAAGGAAACAGUGAAGUUGGUGACCAACUUCUCUGCCAGGAUCCAUAAGUUGUGGAAAGUACUGGAGCCCCUGCCUGAGGCCAUGCUGAGGGUAAACAUGGAUGAGAUGGAGAAAUCUCUGGCUAAUCUGAAUAAACUAGUCGAAGAGCAGGUGAAGAUUUUCCAGUGCAAGGUGUCCUCCUAUAUUGAAAACUUCAACAAAGUGAUGGGGCAGAAAGUAGAAGAAUUUGGGCAGAAGCUGGGCCCACAUGCAGGGUACAUGGAUGAUCACUUGAUCUUUCUGGAGAAGGAACUGAAGGAGAAGGUUAAGGCCCUCUUCAAGGAGAUUCAGAAUAGGAAGACUGGGAAUUUACCUAUAUCUAACCCUCCAGAAGCGGGCACAGAACUCAACCCUUUAGAGCAGAAUUCUGCCAAUUUGGGAUAG